AUGACAGAAUUUAUAAAACCUUCCGGUAUCCUUGCAUGGUUUUUCGAGCAGGAAGAAGAAACACUUACUCCAAUAACUUGGCUUGAGUGGAGUAGCAAUUAUUUCGGAACAUAUGGAUAUAUUACUCUUGGCACAAUUCUUGCUAUCGUCGAUUCGGUCAUUUUCAUUGCCAUAAUCAGCAAACGCCUGCUAAGGUGUAUCGAUGUUUAA